AUGCCUCCUGAAUCCCUUAUCGAUCUCUCGCAUCCUCUCACACCCCAGACAACUAUCUACCCCGGAGAUCCACCUUUCGCGAUGCACAGCGUGUGCAACAUCCCCACUGACGGAUACAGCGUACACGCUGUCUCGUUCGGAACGCACACAGGGACACACGUCGAUGCGCCAUUCCACUUUUUCGCGCACGGCCAGAAGUUGCAUGAGCUCUCUCUCUCGCGAUUCGUCGGGCGUGCUAUAAUCAUCGAUGUGAGGCACCUAGCGCGUGCGAGAGGGUGCAUUCAGUGGAGGGAUGUGCGAGAGAGCUUCGAUCGAACUCGUGGAACGAUUGGACCGCGGUCAGAAGGGAAGAUCGAUAUGGUACUGUUCCGGACGGGGUGGGAUGGAUGGUGGAGCGAGCGGAAGUACUUCGACCAUCCGUAUUUUGGGAGAGAUGUCGCGGAGGAGCUUGUGGAGAUGGGUGUGCGGCUUGUGGGUGUCGAUACGCUAAGUCCUGAUGAGACUGUUCUGGUACAUGAUGAAGGAAAGGAGAAGGAUGAUGCAUUUGCGAUGCAUGAGGUGCUUCUGGGUCGUGAUUGUUUGAUUUGCGAGAAUUUGACGAAUUUGGGGGAGCUUGUAGGUGAGGAUUCUGAGGAGGUAUGGGUGAGCCUUAUACCUCUGAGUUUACAUGGAGCAGAUGGGGCUCCUAUACGGGCGUUCGGGUGGACGGAGAAAAGUAGGUAG